UACCACAUUUAAUUCCCAAGACUGGACAUGGCACGCAGAAGAAAUAUUUGGCCGUUUAGAUAAAUUUAUGGUUCGGAUGGAUGAACUAAAAGAAUUGUUUAACACUGGCCGCGAUUUCCAAAAGUUAGAAAAAAUCGUAAUGGGUGGACUUAAAGGUCGCCAAAUAACUGCAGCCCUAGAAAAAAUUCUUGAGGAAUACAAUAGCAUUUAUCGUGAUUGGACAAAUAUUCAGUAUAAUCCAUUAGAUCCAGAUGCAGAACACUCUCAUUUUGAGCAAGAUCGCCUAAGCUUUAAAGCUAAAACAGAUAUUAUGGAGCGCAUGGUAUCUUUUCAAUUUGAAAAGGCUCUUGAAGAUACUCAUGAUCUUUUGCUGGCUGGUUCGCUCCUUCUUCGACCUAUCAUAAGGGAGCACAUAGAGCCUUUCAUGCAUGUAAUAGUUGACGACUUUGAAUUGGAGAUUAUACAUGUAAAGGAAGAUUUUAAUGAAUUUAAAAACAUUUUUAACACAUUAGGGUUAAAUGAACUUCCAACGGAUGAUUGUUUUCCAAAAGUUUCAGGAGCAGUAUCUUUUCUUAAGAAACUAAGACAUCGCAUAACCGCACUUCAUAAGGAGCAUGAGCUAUACGAAUAUCCGCUGUUUGAUAAUGAACGAGGUGCUAAUGUGUUGGAGAUAUACAGCUUAAUGUUACAAGAAAUAGAUGAUUUUACAAAAAUUAUAUUAGAUAAGUGGAUGAUUGAAUGCUGGCAAGGCAUACAACAGGAUAUAGUAUUAACUCUGCUGGAGAAAAAUGAAAUAAACGAACUGAGAGUUAACUUUUCUGAUCGUCUCAAAAUAGCCUUAAAAGAUAUUAAAGUCAUUCGCCUUUUAGGAUGUGAAAUUUCUUCAAAUUUGAAGAAGUUUUUUAGUAGGGAAGAAGAGCUAUGGCAAGCAAGAAUUAAACUUAUGCGUAUUGCUGAGUGGUAUAACGAUACCAAUGCUCGUGCACAUCCCAGUGAAAAAGGAUUGAUUGCUGCUGAGAUGGCAAUGAUUGAAGAGCAAAUGCAUCCACUGAUAGAAUCUAUUAAAUGGAGUGUGUUUAGUCAAAGAUUUAUAGUAAUGAUUUUUAAAAUGGUAAAAUACUUACACGAUCGUCUUGUAGCUGCGCAGGAAAAUUUGGAUGCCAUUAAAGAAAGCAUCCGCUCGUGGGGCAAAAUACCACUUUUUCAGAGAAAAGAUUUAAAUUCACAACUCUUACUUCAUACAGACCCACGUGAGCCUAUUUUGAGCGACCGCGCAUUACGUGCAGCUGACACACAGCGUCUUAUUGAUCUUCUAAUGUACGUUAAUUUGAAACUUUUUUUUGAUAUACCCCGGAGAUACAGCUUACCUCCAGGAGAGCACGGUGAAGAAGAUGAGGAGGGUGAUGGUAUUUGGCCGCCCAUUAUAAGCCUAUCUGUCAUGACGAGCGUUAAAUUUAAAAAGAAACGAGAAGGAGAUGAAGAAGAUGAUCUGGAAGAAUUUGAAGAAGAGCAAUCGGAGAGUGAAGAAGAAAUCAUAACGCCAUUUCACCGUUUUGAGCUUCUAAAAGGUGUUAGUGAAGAAGAGCGUAACCUUUUUCGAGAAUACGAGAAAUAUGUAGAUGAAAACAUUGCGGAAAAUCUAUUGGAUGCAGUUAUUACUAGCAGUACUUACCUAAGAAUGGAAGUCGACAAUCGUUAUGAAAACAACACACCCAUCUUUGAGAUAUUUAUGGAGCUUCAGGAACCAAAUGUAGUGUAUUUUUUGAAUUUAGAUACGUCCUCAAAGUCAGGAUUUGCGUUUUUUAUAGAAACUCUUUUGGAUGAUAUGAAUGAUAUGAUGAGCUUAUUAAAUCGUGUUGCGCAAGAUCCUACUGAAGUUACAGGGCAAGCUCCGAUUAACUUCAUGGAUGAGUUACAGGAUAAAACAGAAUUAGAAAAACAACGCCUUGAAAUAAUGAAUAAAAUAAAGCUUGCACUGCAAGCUAUUCGUGUUCAUGGAAAAGGUUAUAUGGAGUAUUCGAGCCUAUGGAUAUGGGACAAAAAUGUUUACUUGUCCGAAGUUAAGAAAUUCGGGCGCAAUUUGACGCUUGACGAAAGAGAUGCAGAGGCGGACCAAGAGGGUAGUUCAGGUGUCAAGCCCCUUGGAUUGGAGUACCCACCACUCUCAGUAUACAAGGAACAAUUAGAUAAAUUCAUUGAGCUUCAAGAUCAAAUCAGAACUUGGGAUACCCACGAAGAUUUCUUUGUAUUUUUACGCUUAAAUAUGACAGGUUUUAAAGCGUCAGUACUUAACCAAGUCGGUCAAUGGAUAAGCUUGUUUAAAAUGGAUCUAAUAAACCGUGUCAAAAACUCGCUAAAGGAACUUCAAGAUUUUGUCAAUGAAGCCAAUAUAGUACUUAAAAUAGAACUUCAAAAAGAUGAUUUUGAAGGACUUGUUAAAAUUUUAUCCGUUCUCAAUCAAAUUAAUGAAAAGCAAUACAUUUAUGAUUCUAUGUUUGAGCCACUAAAGGAAAUCAUUGACUUGCUAAGAUUAUAUAAUUAUGAAUUCAAAGACACAGAAUUAGCUCAAAUAAAUGAGCUACCAGAUGCUUGGAUGAAAGUUAAGCGUCUUGCAGCUACAACGAAGCAACUUAUAGCUCCUAUACAAAGUUAUCAAGUUGAUUUAAUUGAAAAACGAAUUUUACUUUGUGACAAUAUGGCCAAUACUUACCGUAAAAAGUUUAUAGCGAAAAAAUUUUUUUUCGUUCCAUGUCCAAAUUGUUACGAGCUUAUUGAUGAAUCUGAUAUAGAAAUCGUAGCUUUGGAAGAGAGACAAAAGAGCCUAGCUGAAUCAGCAAUCCUUUUUGAAUUACAAGGUCCAGAUCCCACAAAGAUUGACCUUUGUCGAUUUGACCUUAAAUUAGUAAAAAUAAUGUGGGAUUUUGGCAUCACAAUUCAAUCAACCAUUAAUGACUGGAAAAAGACUCCGUGGAAAAAAAUUGAUAUUGAAAGCAUGGAUCAAGAAUGCAAAAAAUUCGGUCGAGAAUUGCGGGGACUUGACAAAGCCAUGCGCACUUGGGAACCGUUUAUAUUUAUAGAGGCAUCUCUAAAAAAUCUAAUGACAUCAUUGCGGGCUGUAACGGAAUUACAAAAUCCUGCCAUACGUGAUCGACAUUGGGUCGAACUCAUGCAAACUACACAAGUUAAGUUUAGCAUGGAUGAUUCCACCACCUUAAAAGACUUGAUUGACUUAAAUCUUCACGAAUAUGAAGAAGAGGUAAAGAAUAUAGUAGAUAAAUCAGUGAAAGAAAUGGCAAUGGAAAAACAGUUACGGGAUAUUGCAGCUGCUUGGGCUACUAUGGAAUUUGGCACGGAAAUUCAUGAGCGCACCAGUAUCAAGCUGUUAAAGGCAUCAGAGGAGAUGAUCGAAACCCUUGAAGACCAUCAGGGUCAAUUACAAAAUAUGGCAUCGUCUAAAUAUAUAGCAUUUUUUGAGCAUGAAGUACGACUAUGGCAAAAUAGGCUCUCAAAUGCGGAUCAGAUAAUUGGGUCUUGGUUUGAAGUGCAACGAAAAUGGCAAUAUUUAGAAAGUAUUUUUAUUGGCUCAGAGGAUAUAAGAUCGCAGCUUCCUGAAGACUCAAAGCGGUUUGAUUAUAUCGACAAAGAGUUUAAAGCUCUUUUAGCUCAAAUGAAUGCAGAUCGUAAUGUAGUGCGAUCAACAAACCGUUCUGGCAGCAAACUUUAUGAGCACCUUGAAAUGCUUUUGAAAAUGCUUUUGCUCUGUGAAAAGGCUCUAAAUGAUUAUCUUGAAACUAAAAGAUUGGCUUAUCCUCGAUUCUAUUUUGUAUCAUCAGCAGAUCUUCUUGAUAUUCUUUCCAAUGGUAAUAAUCCUUCACUUGUCGCUCGUCAUCUUACAAAACUUUAUGAUUCUAUGGGGAAAUUAAAUCUUAUAUCAGGUACGAAGAAUGCUGCGGGUAUGGUAGCAAAAGAGCUGGAAGAAUACGUUCCUUUCCUAGAAAUAUGCGAUUGUAGCGGCAAAGUGGAGGUGUGGUUAAACCGUAUUACAGACAAAAUGCGCGAUACGCUUAGGGACCAAUUAAAGAGAUCUCUAACUUUUUAUGACCACAAGCCUCGACAUGUUUGGAUUUUUGAGUGGCCGGCUCAGCCAGCUCUGGUUGGUACCCAAAUAAUGUGGACAACAGAGACAAAUGACGCUUUCGCCAAGGUUCAACAGCGUUAUGAGAAUGCUCUUAAGGACUACAAUAAAAAACAAGUGACUCAAUUAAACAAUUUAAUUAUUCUUCUACUUGGUGACCUUACUGCAGCUGAAAGGCAAAAGAUAAUGACUGUUUGUACAAUCGAUGUUCAUAGCCGAGAUGUUGUAGCCACAAUUAUUGCUAAAAAAGUUGAAGUGCAAACCGCCUUCCAAUGGCAAAGCCAAUUGCGACACCGUUGGGACCCAAAAAUUGAAGAUUGUUUUGCAAAUAUAUGCGACGCACAGUUUCGUUAUGAUUACGAAUAUUUGGGCAAUACUCCACGUCUCGUAAUAACUCCAUUAACGGAUCGCUGCUACAUUACACUAACGCAGUCCCUCCAUUUGGUAAUGGGGGGAGCGCCAGCUGGUCCCGCAGGUACAGGAAAAACGGAAACAACUAAGGACCUAGGGCGAGCAUUAGGAAUGAUGGUUUAUGUGUUUAAUUGUUCAGAACAAAUGGAUUAUAAGUCUAUAGGCAACAUACAUAAGGGUUUAGCGCAGACUGGAGCUUGGGGUUGUUUUGAUGAAUUUAAUCGAAUUUCAGUCGAGGUACUAUCAGUUGUGGCAGUACAGGUUAAAUGUAUACAAGAUGCCAUUAAAGGAAAAAAAGUGACAUUCAGCUUUCUUGGCGAGCAUAUUGCUUUGCGAAACACCGUGGGUGUUUUUAUAACAAUGAAUCCCGGCUAUGCAGGACGAGCAGAAUUACCGGAAAAUCUAAAGGCGCUAUAUCGGCCUUGUGCUAUGGUUGUACCAGAUUUUGCCCUAAUAAGUGAAAUUAUGUUAGUCGCAGAAGGAUUUCAAGAAGCCCGAUUGCUAGCUCGUAAAUUUAUUACACUUUACACCUUAUGCAAAGAACUUCUUUCUAAACAGGAUCACUAUGAUUGGGGUCUCCGUGCCAUUAAGUCAGUGUUAGUUGUAGCUGGUGCUCUUCGGCGGGAUGACAGACAGAGGCCUGAAGAUCAAGUAUUAAUGCGAGCUUUGCGAGACUUUAAUAUUCCUAAGAUUGUUACUGAUGAUGUACCUGUAUUCAUGGGUUUGAUUGGAGAUUUAUUCCCAGCGCUUGAUGUUCCUCGCAAGAGGAACCCAGAGUUCGAGGCGGUAAUUAAAAGAUCUGCAAUAGAUUUAAAACUUCAACCUGAGGAUGGUUUUAUACUCAAAAUAGUACAGUUGGAAGAGCUCUUUGCUGUGCGCCAUUCAGUAUUCAUAAUUGGAUUUGCUGGUACUGGAAAAUCAGAAGUUUGGAGAACUUUGAACAAAACGUAUCACAAUCAGAAGAGAAAACCUCAUUAUAAUGAUCUGAAUCCGAAAGCUGUUACCAAUGAUGAAUUAUUUGGAAUCGUAAACCCAGCCACUCGAGAGUGGAAAGAUGGACUUUUUUCCAUUUUAAUGCGGGACCAAGCCAACCUAGGUGGUACUGGACCUAAAUGGAUUGUACUUGAUGGAGAUAUUGACCCCAUGUGGAUUGAAAGUCUUAACACAGUGAUGGAUGAUAAUAAAGUUUUAACCCUAGCUAGCAAUGAAAGAAUUGCUCUUACAAAGGAAAUGCGAUUGCUUUUUGAAAUCGCUUCUUUGCGGACGGCUACACCGGCAACGGUUUCUAGAGCGGGGAUUCUUUAUAUUAACCCCCAGGACUUGGGGUGGACCCCAUUUAUACAGUCAUGGUUGGGAACUCGUUCAAAUUCUAGUGAGGUGUCUUUGCUUAAUGUUUUAUUUGAUAAAUAUGUUCCACCCCUCUUAGAAAUAUUCAGAAAUCGGUUAAAGUCAAUAACUCCUAUAUCAGACAUUGCUCGCUUGCAAAUGACUUGUUUCCUAUUGGAUAGUAUGUUAACACCGCAAAAUGUUCCAAACGACUGUCCAAAAGACUGGUAUGAGAUCUAUUUUGUUUUUUGUAUUGUAUGGGGAUUUGGAUCCUCGCUUUUCCAAGAUCAGAUUAUUGAUUGGCGAAACGAGUUUAGUAAAUGGUUUCUUAAUGAAUACAAAACUGUUAAGUUUCCAGCUACUGGAACAAUAUUUUCUUUUUACAUUGACAACGAAACAAAAAAAUUUUUACCCUGGACCAAUUUGGUUCCCGAUUUUGAAUUAGACAUGGACUUGCCCCUGCAGUCGAAUUUGGUAAAUACAGCAGAGACGACUCGCUUGCGCUUUUUCAUGGAUACGCUAAUUGAAGCAGAUCAUCCACUUAUGUUAAUCGGACCUUCUGGAUCUGGAAAAACCAUUCUUAUGAACGCAAAACUGAAUGCCCUUCCCACCGAUAAAUAUGCAGUUACAAAUGUACCGUUUAAUUUUUAUACAACUUCUGAGAUGCUGCAGCGCAUUUUAGAGAAACCACUCGAAAAAAAGGCAGGUCGUAAUUACGGCCCAAUUGGAAACAAACGCAUGAUAUAUUUUGUUGAUGAUAUGAAUAUGCCAGAGGUUGAUAAAUAUUUUACAGUACAACCGCAUACAUUAAUUAGGCAGUUCAUGGACUACCACCAUUGGUAUGAUCGUCAGAAAAUGACACUAAGAGAUAUUCAUAAAUGCAACUUCGUGGCAUGCAUGAAUCCAUCCGCUGGUUCAUUCACAAUAGAUCCACGACUUCAGCGGCAUUUUUGUUCAUUUGCUGUUAAUCCCCCUAGCCAGGAUGCGUUGUUCCAUAUCCUUAACUCUAUACUUUCCCAGCACUUGCAAAACCCUUCUCAGAAGUUCGAUAAAAAUGUUAUAAAGCUAUGCGAAAGUAUGGUUACUACGGCUAUUGCAUUACAUAUGAAAGUUGCAGCUUCAUUUCUACCUACUGCAAUAAAGUUUCAUUAUAAUUUUAAUCUUCGAGACAUAGCUAACAUAUUUACGGGUGUUUUAUAUGCAAACAACGAAACCUGCCCCAAUGCUAAUCAAAUGAUACGACUGUGGAUUCACGAAUGCUUUCGGGUAUAUGGUGAUAAGCUUGUGGACUAUACCGACAUAAACAGCUUUAAGAAAAUAGUUACGGAUGUGGUACGAAAGGGAAUUGAAGGUUUGAGUGAAGAUAUAAUUUAUGCUCAACCUAACAUUUACUGCCAUUUCGCAAAGGGACUAACGGACAUAAAAUACAUGCCAGUCUCUGGAUGGGAUAGAUUAAAAUCUCUUUUAGAUGAGGCUCAAGAUCGCUAUAAUGAUUAUGUGGGCGCCAUUAAUCUAGUAUUAUUUGAUGACGCUAUGUCACAUGUAUGCCGAAUCAGUCGCAUUCUUGAGUCCUCUAGGGGAUAUGCGUUGCUUAUUGGCGUAGGAGGCUCUGGGAAACAGUCAUUGACUCGAUUAGCAUCUUUUAUCUCAUCACUGGAUGUAUUUCAGAUUCAACUUACCAAGGAUUACAGUGUGAAUGACCUAAAGACCAAUAUUGCAACGUUAUAUAUGAAGGCUGGAGUUAAAACAAGUGCAUGUUGCUUUCUUAUGACCGAUUCAGAAGUAGCUCGAGAACAGUUUCUUGUAUUGGUAAAUGACCUCCUGGCCUCAGGUGAUAUUCACGAGCUCUUUCCCGAUGAUGAAGUAGAAAAUAUUGUUAAUGCAGUGCGAAAUGAGGUCAAGCAGCUUGGAAUUAUGGAUAAUCGUGAAAAUUGUUGGAAAUAUUUUAUUGAGAAGGUGCGAAGCCUUCUAAAGGUGGUUUUGUGUUUUUCUCCAGUUGGAGCGACUCUUCGUAUACGUUCCCGUAAAUUUCCGGCUCUGGUAAAUUGCACCACCAUUGAUUGGUUUCACGAGUGGCCCCAGCAGGCACUUGAGUCAGUAUCUCUAAGGUUUCUAUCCGAAAUAACUGUUUUGCCCAAGGAAUUAGCAUUUCCAGUAUCCAAUUUUAUGGCAUUCGUCCACAAAACUGUAAACGAUAUAUCGAAGCUCUACUUAGCUAAUGCCAAGCGUUACAACUACACAACUCCAAAGUCGUUUCUCGAGUUGAUUGCGCUAUAUUCAAAAUUGUUGCACGAAAAAGUGAAGGCUAAUUUAGAUCGCCGUUUGCGCUUAGAAAACGGACUUAUAAAGUUGGCAAGUUGUACAAAAGAGGUAGAUGCUUUGCAAGACGUACUUAAAGUUCAGGAAGUUGAGCUAAAAGUUAAAAACCAGGAAGCAGAUAAUUUAAUUGUAGUUGUUGGUACAGAAAAUGAGAAAGUUUCUAAAGAAAGAGCAUUUGCUUCAAAGGAGGAAAAAAAUGUCCGUCAAAUUGAGGAAGAUGUAACUGCAAAAGCCAAACUUUGUGAAGAAGAUUUUCUUAAAGCCCAACCUGCCUUAAUAGCUGCGCAAGAGGCGCUCAAUACUUUAAAUAAAAAUAACUUAACUGAACUAAAAUCAUUCGGCUCGCCCCCGGAUGCAGUAGUUAGUGUAUGUGGUGCUGUUUUGGUUCUCUUUGCUAGUAAGGGAAAAAUUCCAAAGGAUCGAAGUUGGAAAGCUUGUAGGGUCCUUAUGGGUAACGUAGAUAAAUUUCUUGAUAAUCUCAUAAAUUAUGAUAAGAAGCAUAUUCAUCCAGAUAUAAUUAAAGCACUUCAACCAUAUAUAUUGGAUCCUGAGUUUAGUCCCGAAAAAAUUUUAGCUAAAUCCUCGGCUGCAGCAGGGUUAUGCUCUUGGGUCAUUAACAUCAAUAGGUUUUAUGAUGUUUAUCUUAUAGUUGAACCGAAAGAACGCGCACUUAUGGAGUCAGAAAAGGAACUUAAAGAUGCCCGUGACAAACUGACAGCUCUCAAUCAACGACUUACGGAGUUAGAGGAGCAAUUAAAUGCUUUGCAGAUGGAAUAUGAUGAAGCUCUCGCAAAGAAACAGAAAUGCCAGGACGAAGCUGAUAAAACAGCAUUCACUAUCGACAUAGCCAACCGACUAAUCGGUGGACUGGCAAAUGAAAAAAUUCGUUGGAUGGAAUCGGUAAAAAGCUUAACAUCGGGCAUACAACAACUUCCAGGAGAUAUUCUUAUGAUUUCGUGCUUUAUUUCUUAUGUUGGAUGUUUCACGCGUGCAUAUCGCCAGGAACUUCAAGAUAAAAUGUGGAUGCCUGCAUUUAAAAAUAGCCAGCCUCCUAUUCCUUCGACUGAUGGAGUCGAUCCCUUUGACAUGAUUUGUGACGAUGCUCAGAUAGCCGAAUGGAAUAAUCAAGGGCUACCAAGUGAUCGAAUGUCAGCUGAGAAUGCUGCUAUAUUGGUGCAGUCAGAACGGUACCCUCUCAUGAUCGAUCCACAACUCCAAGGUAUAAAAUGGGUGAAGACAAAGUAUGGAUCUGGUCUUGUUGUUUUACGUCUUUCCCAACGUAAUUACCUUGAUCAAGUAGAACGUGCUGUCAGCAACGGCAAUGUUUUGCUUAUCGAGAAUAUUGGAGAAAACGUUGAUCCGGUGCUUAAUCCCCUACUCGGCCGACAGUUAAUUAAAAAGGGCACCAUUUUGAAAAUAGGAGACCGCGAGAUUGAUUUCAAUGCAAAGUUUAGACUAAUACUGCAUACUAAGCUGGCAAAUCCACAUUACAAACCUGAAAUGCAAGCUCAGACCACAUUAAUAAAUUUUACAGUAACUCGGGAUGGACUUGAAGACCAACUUUUAGCUGAGGUUGUGAAAGUAGAACGGCCCGACCUGGAGGCCAUGCGGACGCGACUUACUCAGCAACAGAAUCAUUUUAAAAUUACUUUGAAGUUUUUGGAAGAUGAUCUCCUAGCUCGUUUGUCAUCUGCGGGAGACAAUGUUUUAGAAGAUGUAACUCUUGUAAUGAACUUAGAAAAGACAAAAAAAACCGCAGACGAAAUUGAAGUAAAGGUUGCUGAGGCAAAAAUAACAGGUGUUCAAAUAGACUCAGCCCGAGAAGCCUAUCGACCUGCAGCAGAACGUGCUUCUAUUAUAUAUUUUAUUCUUAAUGACUUAUUUAAAAUAAAUCCCAUUUAUCAAUUUUCUCUAAAAGCUUUUACAGUAGUAUUCAACAAUGCCAUGCUAAAAGCUACUCCAGCUGAAAAACUAAAAGACCGGGUGGAAAACUUAAUUGAUUCUAUAACGUUUUGCAGCUUUGUGUAUACGUCACGCGGCUUAUUUGAGCAAGACAAGCUUAUAUUUCUGACCCAAAUGUGCAUUCAGAUUCUUGUUAAUGCAGGAGAGGUGGAGCCCAGCGAAUUAGAUUUUUUGUUGCGUUUUCCCUAUAUGCCCAAUCAAACGUCCAAUUUUUCCUGGCUUACUCAUGUCGGAUGGGGUGGCAUAAGAGCUCUUAAUAACCAGGUGGCAUUUAAAGGUCUGGAAAAGGAUAUAGAAGGAUCCCAUAAACGCUGGAAAAAGUUUGUAGAUUCCGAAAGCCCGGAAAAUGAGAAAUUUCCUGGAGAGUGGAAGGGAAAAUCGCCAAUACAGAGACUCUGCAUAAUGCGGUGCAUUCGACCAGAUCGAAUGUCUUAUGCUAUGAGGUCGUUUAUAGAGGAAAAACUUGGUUCAAAAUAUAUUGAUGCCCGUUCAAUGGAAUUCGCUAGAACUUUUGAGGAAUCAAGUCCCGAAACACAUUUAUUUUUUGUAUUAUCUCCUGGAGUUGACCCACUUAAAGAUGUGGAAAAGCUGGGUAAAGUAUUGGGAUUCAGUUUCGAUCAUGAAAAUUUUCAUAGUGUAUCACUUGGUCAAGGUCAAGAAAUUGUGGCAGAAAGUGCUAUUGAAGUUGCAUCUCAGCAAGGUCAUUGGGUCAUCCUUCAAAAUAUUCAUUUGGUCGCUCGCUGGCUACCAAGCUUAGAAAAAAAGAUGGAGUCAUCUUUAAGUAACGCAAAUUCAAACUAUAGGCUUUUCCUUAGCGCAGAACCUGCUGGAGAUCCAUCAGCUCAUAUCUUACCACAGGGCAUUUUAGAGUCGGCAAUAAAAAUCACCAAUGAACCACCCACUGGAAUGAUGGCAAACAUACAUAAAGCCCUAGAUAACUUUAGCGACGAAACGCUCGAAAUGUGCUCAAAAGAAACUGAAUUCAAAGCUAUACUAUUUUCCUUGUGUUAUUUUCAUGCUGUUGUUGCUGAGCGCCGUAAAUUUGGUCCUCAAGGUUGGAACCGAGGCUACCCAUUCAAUGUGGGGGAUCUUACAAUAUCUGUUUAUGUAUUGUACAACUAUUUAGAAGCCAAUACGCGUGUUCCAUGGGAAGACUUACGGUACCUUUUUGGAGAGAUAAUGUACGGGGGUCAUAUUACAGAUGAUUGGGAUCGGCGCUUAUGUCGUACCUAUUUAGAAGAGUUUAUGCAACCAGAAUUGAUUGAUGGUGAACUAGAGUACUGCCAAGGUUUCCCAGCUCCAGGAAUUCUUAAAUACGCUGGGUAUCAUCAAUAUAUUGACGAUAACCUGCCGUCUGAGAGCCCAGCACUUUAUGGUCUGCACUCUAAUGCAGAAAUAGGGUUUCUGACGACUGUUUCGGAGCGGCUUUUUCGAAUUGUUUUUGAACUUCAGCCACGAAUGGCUGGUGGAUCAAGUGGCGGAGGUGAAUCUGUUUCCCAAGAGGAUAUUAUAAAGGGUAUUAUAGAAGAUCUUCUUGAUAAAAUUCCAACGCCCUUCAAUAUUCUGGAACUUAUGGGUCGUGUCGAAGACCGUAAUCCAUACAUAAUCGUAGCUUUUCAGGAAUGCGAACGAAUGAAUAUGCUUAUGGCCGAGUUGCGGCGAUCUUUAAAUGAAUUGGAUCUUGGCCUCAAGGGCGAAUUGACAAUCUCGUCCAUUAUGGAGGAUCUAAUGCUUUGCUUGUAUAUGGAUCAAGUUCCCGAACAGUGGACCAAAUUAGCGUAUCCCAGUAUGUUAGGCCUGCAAUCAUGGUUUUCCGAUUUGAUGCUCAGAUUGCGGGAACUAGAGGGCUGGGUAGCCGAUUUUCGCAUGCCUUCUUCUAUUUGGUUAGCAGGAUUUUUUAACCCACAAUCUUUACUCACAGCCAUUAUGCAGCAGACAGCCCGUAAAAAUGAGUGGCCUUUAGAUAGGAUGUGUUUAAACUGCGACGUAACGAAAAAGUGGAAGGAAGAAUUUACCUCUGCACCCCGUGAAGGAGCCUAUAUUAACGGCCUUUUUAUGGAAGGAGCACGAUGGGAUAUAAAAAUGGGAACUAUUGCAGAUGCUUUUAAUAAGGAACUGUUUCCCGCCAUGCCAGUGGUAUUUAUUAAGGCAGUCACUCAGGACAAACAAGACGUAAAAAAUAUUUAUGAAUGCCCAGUUUAUAAAAUACGACUUCGAGGACCUACUUUUGUUUGGAAAUUGGUUUUAAAGAGAAAGGAAAAAGCUAGUAAAUGGACGUUAGUCGGAGUGGCCGAUUAUUGA